AUGGCCGCCCUGCAGAAACCUGGGAGCUCUUCCCUUAUGGGAACUCUGGCCGCUAGCUGCCUCCUUCUCGUUGCCCUGUGGACGCAGGGAGGAUUGGCUGUGCCCAUCAGUUCACACUGCAGGCUUGACGGGUCCAACUUCCAGCAGCCCUAUAUCACCAACCGCACCUUCAUGUUGGCUAAGGAGGCUAGUUUGGCAGAUAACAACACAGAUGUUCGUCUCAUUGGGGAGAAACUGUUCUACGAAGUCAAUAUGGGAGAGCGCUGCUAUCUGAUGAAGCAGGUGCUGAACUUUACCCUUGAAGAAGUGCUGCUCCCCCAAUCUGAUAGGUUCCAGCCCUAUAUGCAGGAGGUGGUGCCCUUCCUGGCCAGGCUCAGCAACAAACUAAGCCAAUGUCAUAUUGACAGUGAUGACCAGCAUAUCCAGAGAAAUGUGCAAAACCUGAAGGACACAGUGAAAAAGCUUGGAGAGAAUGGAGAGAUCAAAGUAAUUGGAGAACUGGAUUUGCUGUUUAUGGCCCUGAGAAAUGCCUUGUCCCUCACAACCUCAGAUAGUCCCUAUGUCCUGCUCUCCAGUGCGGUGGGAGGCCACACGGGCGGUGGGAAGCACAUGGGCUUUGGGGUCUUGUGA